UGACAGGUGAUAUCGGAAACUAUUACUAUGGACAAGGUCAUCCAAUGAAACCUCAUAGGAUCCGAAUGACCCACAACUUGCUGCUAAAUUAUGGCUUGUACAGAAAAAUGGAAAUUUACCGACCACACAAAGCUACUGCUGAGGAAAUGACCAAGUACCAUAGCGAUGAAUACAUCAAAUUUCUCCGAUCAAUAAGGCCUGACAAUAUGUCUGAGUACAGCAAGCAAAUGCAGAGAUUUAAUGUUGGAGAAGAUUGUCCUGUAUUUGAUGGCCUGUUUGAGUUCUGUCAGCUGUCAACUGGAGGCUCUGUUGCUGGGGCUGUGAAACUGAACAGACAACAGACAGACAUGGCUGUUAAUUGGGCUGGAGGACUUCACCAUGCCAAGAAAUCAGAGGCAUCUGGUUUCUGUUAUGUCAAUGAUAUUGUGCUUGCCAUCCUUGAGUUACUGAAGUAUCACCAAAGAGUGUUGUAUAUUGAUAUUGAUAUCCAUCAUGGUGAUGGUGUUGAAGAAGCAUUUUAUACUACAGAUCGUGUCAUGACAGUAUCAUUCCAUAAGUAUGGUGAAUAUUUUCCAGGCACAGGGGACCUUAGGGACAUUGGUGCUGGAAAAGGUAAAUACUACGCUGUCAACUUUCCAAUGAGGGAUGGUAUAGAUGAUGAAUCGUAUGGACAGAUAUUCAAACCAAUUAUAUCCAAAGUCCAUUAGAUGUACCAGCCCAGUGCUGUGGUAUUACAGUGUGGAGCAGAUUCACUAUCUGGUGACAGGCUGGGAUGCUUUAACCUUACUGUUAAAGGUCAUGCUAAAUGUGUGGAAGUUGUGAAGACUUUUAACUUGCCGUUGCUGAUGUUAGGAGGAGGAGGAUACACUAUUCGUAAUGUUGCUCGAUGCUGGACAUAUGAAACUGCUGUUGCCUUAGAUUGUGAAAUUCCUAAUGAGUUGCCAUACAAUGACUACUUUGAGUAUUUUGGACCAGACUUCAAGCUUCAUAUUAGUCCUUCAAAUAUGACUAAUCAGAAUACACCAGAAUAUAUGGAGAAGAUCAAGCAACGCUUGUUUGAAAACUUGCGCAUGUUACCUCAUGCACCCGGCGUGCAGAUGCAGGCCAUUCCUGAAGAUGCUGUUCAUGAAGAUAGCGGAGAUGAGGAUGGAGAAGAUCCAGACAAACGCAUUUCUAUUCGAGCAUCUGAUAAGCGUAUAGCCUGUGAUGAAGAGUUUUCAGAUUCUGAAGAUGAAGGGGAGGGUGGACGACGAAAUGUUGCAGAUCAUAAGAAAGGAGCAAAGAAAGCCAGGAUAGAAGAAGAUAAAAAAGAGACGGAGGACAAAAAAACAGAUGUUAAGGAGGAAGAUAAAUCCAAGGACAGCAGUGGUGAAAAGACAGAUGCCAAAGGAGCAAAAUCAGAACAGCUCAGCAAUCCUUGAACAAAAGAUAGCCUCUCAUCAGUCGCAGAACAUAAUACUAGAGUUGGAGAAUACCUAAAAGAAGAGAAAAGCUUUCGUAUUGAGAGAGACUGCUGAUUUCAUUUUGUACUAUUUGGCAUGGACCGUAUUUAUUUUCAAACGGCUUUGUUCUGUUUUUUGGCAAGUUGUAUUGUGAGUUUUCUAAUUAUGAGGCAGAAAUUCCUUUCUUCACCAUGCUUUAUGUAAUAGUAUUUAAAAAUGGAUGUGAGUUAUUAUGUUAAAUGUCUAAACUGAUCUAUUAAAGUAAUUUGCCUUUCCUGAGCUGAUUUUACCUUUUUUGUAAUUUUAUCUUUAUUAAAAAAAAA